ACACACAGCAGAUUGCACCAUUCUGGACAGAGGUACCUGCGAGCCUUACAGAACCCCAAGCUUCUCUCAAAGAGAGAGCCACAGAGCAGACAACAUACACCAUGGGAUCCCUGUCAGUCUCUACCCACAGAGGACUCCUCCACUGGCAAGGGCUCCUAGUGGCUGUCUCACUCUUCAACUUUUGGUGCCAGCCCACCACAGCUCAACUCGCUAUUGUGUCAACCUCUAUUGCUGAAGGGGAGGCUGCACUUCUACCUCUCCGCAAUACACCUCCUGAAGUUCUAGCCUUUGUAUGGUACAAGGGAGAAGGGACAAGCAAAAAUAGUAUUAUUGCAUUUCUUUUCACAUUUUCAACAUAUGAUAUAAAAGGUGUUGCAUACAGUGGUCGAGAGAGAAUAACUGCUGAUGGAUCCUUGCUGAUAGAUAAUGUCACCAUGAAUGAUGCAGGAAUGUACACCGUGGUAGUCUACAUUACAGAUGAAAUAAAAGAAAUUGGAUUUGGGAGGCUUAACGUAUAUGAGCCUGAUUUAGUGGUCUCCCUCGUAGCCAGCAACACCACAGUCACAGAGAAUAAGGAUACUGUGAUCUUGACAUGCAACACAAAUGCACUCUACAUCCACUGGUUGUUCUAUGGCAUGAAGCUUCAGCUGAAUGAGCGCAUGAAGUUAUCCACAGACCACCGAACCCUCACCAUAGACCCUGUGAAGAGGGAAGAUGCUGGGAUUUACUGGUGUGAUGUCUCCAACCCCAUCAAGUCUACUACAAGUAGGACUGUUGAGCUGCAUGUGAAAUUUGAGUGACCCUUCUUUCCUCCUACAUUUUAUUAA